UGCCCUCCACAUCGCAUGUUUGGGAUGCUUGGGCUUGGAAUCCGGGAACUGUGGCUUCACGCACCGUUUAGCGGAAAUGCAGGGGUGAGGGAGGCCCGGUAUCCCUGCCCGCGCCUCUCGUGGUGCUGCCCAGGAAGCGCCCAGGACUCGGGACACAAUUUGAAGCUUUUGGAUUCCAGGAAAGCUUUAAGCAGAUUCCCCAGCUUCCUAAUCCAUCUGGGUAUUUUCUGCUCAGAUUCUUCUAAUGGAGAAAAUGCCAUUGACGAAGAAGAUGAGGAGGAAGAGGAAGAUGAGGAGGAGGAAGACGACCUGGAGGUUAAGGAAGAAAAUGGUGUCUUGGUCCUAACCGACGCUAAUUUUGAUAACUUUGUGGCUGACAAAGACACAGUGCUGCUGGAGUUCUACGCCCCGUGGUGUGGGCAUUGUAAGCAGUUUGCUCCAGAAUAUGAGAAGAUUGCAGGCAUCUUGAAGGCUGAUGAUCCUCCCAUCCCUGUGGCUAAGAUUGACGCGACCUCAGCGUCCAUGCUGGCCAGCAAGUUUGAUGUGAGUGGCUAUCCCACCAUCAAGAUCCUGAAGAAGGGGCAGGCUGUUGACUACGAGGGCUCCAGGACCCAGGAAGAAAUUGUCGCCAAGGUCAGAGAGGUUUCCCAGCCUGACUGGACACCACCACCAGAAGUCACACUCGUGUUGACCAAAGAUAACUUCGACGAAGUUGUGAAUGAUGCAGAUAUCAUUCUGGUGGAGUUUUAUGCCCCAUGGUGUGGACACUGCAAGAAGCUUGCCCCCGAGUACGAGAAGGCUGCCAAGGAGCUCAGCAAGCGCUCUCCUCCCAUCCCCUUGGCAAAGGUCGACGCCACCGCGGAGACAGACCUGGCUAAGAGGUUCGAUGUCUCCGGCUACCCCACCCUGAAAAUCUUCCGCAAGGGGAGGCCUUUUGACUACAACGGCCCACGAGAAAAAUACGGGAUCGUCGACUACAUGGUGGAGCAGUCCGGGCCGCCUUCCAAGGAGAUCCUGACCCUGAAGCAGGUGCAGGAGUUCCUGAAGGAUGGAGACGAUGUCGUUGUCAUCGGGGUCUUCGCAGGGGAAAGCGACCCCGCCUACCGGCAGUAUCAGGAUGCCGCCAACAACCUGCGGGAAGACUACAAGUUCCACCACACCCACAGCGCCGAAAUAGCCAAGUUCUUGAAAGUGGCCCCAGGGAAGCUGGUCAUCAUGCAGCCGGAGAAGUUCCAGUCCAAGUAUGAGCCCAGGAGCAACGUGAUGGACGUGCAGGGUUUCACGGAGGGGUCAGCCAUCAAGGACUACGUGGUGAAGCACGCCCUGCCCCUUGUCGGCCACCGGAAACCCUCCAACGACGCCAAGCGGUACGCCAAGCGCCCCCUGGUGGUCGUCUACUACAGCGUGGACUUCAGCUUUGACUACAGGACAGCUACUCAGUUUUGGCGGAACAAAGUCCUAGAGGUGGCCAAGGACUUCCCCGAGUACACCUUUGCCAUCGCUGAUGAGGAGGACUACGCCACGGAGGUGAGGGACCUGGGGCUCAGCGAGAGUGGGGAGGAUGUCAACGCCGCCAUCCUGGAUGAGAACGGGAAGAAGUUCGCCAUGGAGCCUGAGGAGUUCGACUCAGACGCCCUGCGGGACUUUGUCAUGGCUUUCAAAAAAGGAAAACUGAAACCAGUCAUCAAGUCCCAGCCCGUGCCCAAGAACAACAAGGGCCCAGUCAGGGUCGUGGUGGGGAAGACCUUCGACUCCAUCGUGAUGGACCCCAAGAGGGACGUCCUCAUCGAGUUCUACGCGCCGUGGUGCGGGCACUGUAAGCAGCUGGAGCCCGUGUACACCAGCCUGGGCAAGAAGUACAAGAACCAGAAGGACCUGGUCAUCGCCAAGAUGGACGCCACCGCCAACGACAUCACCAGUGACCGCUACAAGGUGGACGGCUUCCCCACCAUCUACUUCGCCCCCAGGGGGGACAAAAAGAACCCAAUUAAAUUCGAGGGUGGAGACAGAGAUCUGGAGCAUUUGAGCAAGUUUAUAGAAGAACAUGCCACCAAACCAAGCAGGACCAGGGAGGAACUUUGAAGGACUGUGGUCUGCGGAGGUCGGGGGGACCAAACACUGUAGCUUCCAGCGGCCGCGGCCGGGGCGCCCCGCGAGCGGCCAGUGCAAUGGCAGUAUCGCAGUUGUUUUUUCUUUUUUCCAUUUUUUAUACUUUGAUGUGGCACCUUGUGCUCUGAGUAUUGGAUAGCCGUGAAAGACUCCAUAGUUUGAUUCAGAUAUUUUCAGAGGAUACAUCUAUUUUUAUCAUUUGGGGUUGGAUUUUUUUUUUUUUAACUUUUACUUUCUUGGGUAUACUUCCUCAAAACAAGUCAAAUCUCGUGUGUGUGAGAAUGUUUCCUUUUUUUUUUUAAUUUAAAGUGUAAAACAACUUUUGCCAAAUCACGUUGGUUUUACCUUUUCUUUCAUUGUCGUGUGAGAAUUGUUCACUUAAGAAACUGA